CGAAAUGUAAUUAGAUAGAGCGUCGAUAGAGCGGGAAGUCAGUAUGGUAAGGUUCAAGUGGAUUGAAAAAUGGAGAAGUUAUCGGUACAGAUUUGUUCCUUGGAUCGCGUUGAACUUUCAGAACAGGUGUGAUUGUAGAAUUGAGCUUCUUAUUCAUACCUCUGACACUAGCACUGUCAGACCUUCCGCUCCAUUGAAUCCUAUAUAGUUUUAUACAGAACAUAAUUUAAGAGGAGCCAUCGACUUUGAGAGUAAGCUGAGCUUGUUUCAAUGAGUGAUGGAAGAACUUGUUCUACUAAUUUCGCAAUGGUAGGCUGAUUACUGGUUAAUAAUUAGCAAUUAAUGAAUGAGGCUGAGUAGGAGAUGAAAAAUUAAGCAGAUCGAGGAGGGUGUUAUCCACUGAGGCCAAAGGCCGAGGUGGAUAACAUCCUCCGAGAUCUGCUUAAUUCUUCGUAGCCUAGUAGAACAUGGUAAAACUGCACGCAUUCAGUACAAAAGCCAAAUUCAUUAGUCGCUUUACUAUUCAUUGAAAAUAAUUCUUAGUUUAAAAACAUAGCUAGAACAUGCUUACCUGCAUCAAUGUUAAGUUUAUCUUCGAUAGUGUACUGCCAUUUUUGUUUUCACAACCAAAUCAACUCAACCUCGUCCCCAGGUCUUCUCAGUUAACGAUGCAUUAACCGGCAAAAAAGCUGCAUUUUUGGCAUCAUUGGUUCAUUAACUGCAAAAUUCUUUCAAAUUUGGUCAUUAGUAGCUGGUUAUGGUGAAUUAUGCGCGUGCUUUUAGCCAAUCAGAAUCGGGGAUACAUUUUGGAUGAAUAAUAAUAAACAAUAAUAUUAUUGGAUGAGGUUUUUGUAAUAUCCAGAAUAAUCAAGGUUGAGGUAAGUGUUAUCAGCCGAGCCGAAAGCCAAGGCUGAUAACACUUACCGAGACCUUGAUUAUUGAGGAUACCGUAAAAUUUCGAAAAUAAGCCCGGGGCUUAUAUUUUUCAAAGGCCCUUUUUGAGGGGCUUAUUUUUGGUGGGGAUUAUAUUCAGAAAGGCUUAUGUAUGGAGGGAAAUUUGCGUUUUAAAAUCGAUUGGGCCAGCUUAUAAUUGGAAGGAAAUGUACCAUUUUUGCUUUGUUUUACUUUGUAUUUGAGCUGCAAUUUACAAGUACCAGCCCCCCAGGGGGCUUAUAUUCGGAGGGGUGAUGUAACAGAGGUUUUUUUUUUUUUUUGCGUUGAGUUUGGGGGGCUUAUAUUUGGAGGGGCUUAUACAAGGAGGAGCUUAUUUUCGGAAUUUUAUUUUCACAGACAGUGGUAUAAUAAAAGCCAAAUCACUUGACUAAAGAAGAAGAAUUGGUUUGUUUUGGUUUUAAUGUUUGGUUGGCUAAUGUAUUUACUUUGGUUUUGGUUUUUACAGUCAUAAAACUAUUUAUUUAAAGUCUUAUUUUAGCUCCAUUCCAUUUAAGGUGGUUGAACACAGUUUUGCAAGCGGUCAGCGAUAACGCGCAUGACGGCGCUUGUUUUAAAUUAGACAAACAAAUAUGGUGGCGAAAAAGCAAUGGUACAGAGAAUAGGAUUCUCAAAAUCUACUCAUUAAAAUUUUGUGAUAUUUAGCAGAAUUUUUACUUUUAUCGUGUUUUAAAUGCUGAGAACUUUAAAAUCAAAGUUGAACUGACGAAUUUCUGACACAUUUAAUAAUUACAGAACAGUUAUGUUAUUGAUUAUCUAAAAACUCAUCUGUUAAAAUUUGGUCAAAUAAGUUUCAAAUGGUAAUGAUUAAUUAUAGUAAGCUGUGUGCAAGUUUAUAGGAAAAUCUAAUGAGCGAAUUUUAUGUAAAUUGAGCGAAAGUGAAAUUUUAAGGUUAUAUUCAAUCGUUCAUGUUGCCAUGGGAACUACGAAAACGUCAAAUUUUACCUGUCAAUCAAAAUUUUUCAUCAGUAUAUUAUUCAAUUGCCUUGUUUUAGCUUGUGAGCUGCAACCUUUCUCUUGCCAUGAUUUGGUAAAUGACAUAUUAUUAGUCACAAAUUGCCCGGCAAAACUGUGUUCAGCCACCUUUAUAUACACCCCCUCCCCACCCGUUAAUGAAGUAUAUUGAAAUUUUCCUAACCUUCAGAAAGAUGACAAGUUAGACGUUCACAGGUACUCCAAACUAGGGGGAUCUGGGGACACACUUCCCCCAAGAAAAUGUUUCAAAUUAUUUUUAUGGGCUCAGCCAAUGUUUCCUGCAUUUUCUACAGGCCAUUCAGUUUUCAGUAUGAAUAUCAAGGAAAAUGCAAUGGGUAGUUGUUGAUUUUAUGUCUGUAGUGUUAUCAGUAGGUACAAUGUUUAUGGAAAAUAGGUAUUUAAAGCAGUGAUUCCAUUAAUAAAGGAUGUCUACCCUUCAGACAGGCAAAAAAAAAACAAUAAAAUGAGAAUUAGAAAGAUUUAUCAAUCAUCCUGAUUUAAUGAUAAAAAUGCUUCCAGGAAAUAAAAAAAAAUUUUCCCAGAUUUGAGCUGUAGGCUCCGCUAUGCUCCUGUGCUCAUUGUUCCCCAAAGUGCUGAGAGAAAUGUAUUGAUGAAAAUGUGCUUUAGCUUUCCCUCGCAAAAUCUGGUCCUCAGUCCUACAACACCUUGACUUCAUUACUGGCACAGGUGGCUGUUUGUCAAACUGCUAUUUACCAAGAUUUUUGUUGGUCGUUGAAGGUCAUUAAUUUGUACCUCUUUGUUACUCUUUUACUUCAGAGUUUUAAAUGUACCAUCUAUAUAUUUGUUAAUGUAUAGGUCAAUAUAUGUUUUUAAUCUGAAAUAAGUUGCUUUCAAACACAAAGCGGCAUGCUGAGUGAGCAAUUUUAGAUAACUUUGGUUGCACAUUAAUAUCAAACAUUCGUUGCCUCUUAAUACAUAGCCUAUAUCCACACUAUAUGCGAUGCGUGGGCCGGCUGCACCGCAGGCUACUUAAUACAGGGUGUUUCAAAAGUUUGUUCCGAUUUUUUGUCGGCUUUUAUUUCAGAAAUUACUGAAGGUACCUUCUCGAAAAUUAAGUAUGUUGUUCCUUAUUCAUUUUACAUUGAAUGACUGAAAUAUUAGUAGCCAGCUUGGCCUCCUUUCUUUUGUUCCGACAUUUUUUGAUCAGCAGGCCAUAGAAUGCGUAGGCUCCUUAAGCGUGUCUUGAGUCACAUUUUUCCAGGCGAACCGUGGUCACUUUUUUAGCUUGUCCAGUGUUUUUGGGGUUGAAUCUCUGUACGUUAUCUCGUCAAUUAUGCUCCAACUGUUCUCCACAGGGUUUAGAUCAGGUGAGUUUGCCGGCCAGUCACCCUUGGAUAUCAAGUUUGGCAAAUUCUUGUGACACCACGUUUGGGUCACUUUUGAAGUGUGUGCCUGCACGCCGUCCUGCACAAAGGUCAUCGCUUUCUUAGAGCUAAACAACUUUCUUUCCGUCGGUCCGCCUGUAAUCUGCCGCCUUGAGGGUAAUGGUUUCACUUCAUUUUCUAGAAUCUCUUUGACAUGAGUACUCUGAGGUUAAGGUCUGGCCACUGGGUAAGAUGUGUACUAACCUUGUUAGGCCACGACCCGUCAUACCUCCCCAUACCAUCACCUUUGCACUUUGCUUCGCCUGGUAUGCCGGGGGAACGUCACACUCCUGAGAGCCCCAUACGAUGUUGUUUUCUGGAUUGGGGUAUUGAAAUAGAUACUUAGGACACUCAUCUGUAAACAAGAAGUCCUUCCAAUCCUCUGCCGUGAGUUUGGACUUUGAUUUCUUGGCAAAUCUUAAACGAGCCCUUCUUUGCCUCUCACUUAGAAGUGGUAUCUUCUUUCGCUUGAAAGGUUUCCACCCUUUGUUGGUAAUAUAAUGCCAAACCGUUGUGUUCAAAACAUUGAUAUGGUGACGUUGAAGUUUUUAGCAAUCUUUCUUGUUGAAUUGUUACGCUUAUACUUAGCUUUUUGGAUUACAUUUGUCGAAAGACUGUCUUUUUGACCACUUGUUCACCCAUCGUUCGUUUUUUUUCAACAAUUUGGCAAUAUCUUUGCCCAAAUUGCCAGAAGGCCGUAAAAUAGCUGCCUGAGCUCUAGCAUAAACAGUGUUCGCCUUCAUUUCCAUAAAAGAGAAGAGAAAAUCCAAAACAACGGCAAUAAAUACGAAAAUAUUAAUAGCAAGGUUGCAAAAUGGGCGGGAAAAAAUGAAGUGCCCUCGCAGAUUUGGCACAAAAACGGUAUCAUUUAUUGAAAUUUUAGAGUGAAAGUACUCACAACAAUUAAUUAGAUAAAUUUAUUAACUGACCCAGUUGAAUUUUGCGUAAAGAAACAUUAAAUGUGUUAUACAAAGUGCAACUUUCAAUCGGAACGAACUUUUGAAACACCCUGUAUUCAUUGCUUAUUACUACAGUGUACAUGUACUUAUUUUUCAGAUAAUUAAUUUUGUGCUCACAAAAAAAUCAUGAGUAUAUUUAUUUUUAUAAAAAUGUUGAAGAAAAAGCAAAGGGUGAAGAUUUUUGUGGAGAGUUACAAAGUAAAAGGAACAACAUAAGUAGAAAUACUUGACAAGUUACUUUGUUGACAAGAUUAUUGUUUAUCUAAACUGGUUCACACAUUUGAGUGAAUGUGUCUGGUACAAAACGAUUGCAUUAGCCCGUCUGUCUCUUUUAGUCUUCCCCCUUGCAAGUUUGCCUUGAGCUCACGCAUGUAAGAUGGUUGCCUGUGUGACAACUGAAAAACAGUCUGUUUUUUGCGUAUUCAAGUAUGCAUGGGCAGUCAAACAAAGGUCUGGACCUAAACUGAAAACGGAGAGAGAGACGGGCGUGUGAGGCUCUCGCAUUUCAUGCGUGUGAGACUCUUAUAAAGCUACACUUAACUGAUUUUGAGAAAAAAGACCGACUGUUUUGCAGUCUACCGUGUGACAAUCCUCAGGGGUUUGCCUUGCUUUCUCGCAUGACUGUAAUCCUGAAGGCCCUCUUGCAGUCCAGUAAAUAAUGAAAUAAUAUAAUUUAUUUUUUUACUUCUAGAACAGUGCGAGUGGUUUCCUCCAAGGACCAGGAUAAGAUUGUUCCAGACUACAAACUUCUUGAUUCUCUGGUUAUCUUGCUAAAGGAGCUUAAUUGUUGUUCAAAGUCAGAGUACCCUGUGGGCAGAAAGAGUACAAGCCCACAAAGUGUCAUGUACAAUGUUCUGGGAUAUGAAAUAAACAGACUUAACAGCAGUAUUCCUGGGGCAGGAAGAGGAGUAUUCGUAACCAAAGGGCAAGUUCCAGGCGGAAGUCUGGUUGCUUUAUAUCCAGGUGUUAACACUUAUACAUACAUGUGUACAUGCCAACUCUCCCGGAGGAGUCUUCCGGAUAUGGCACCGAUCUCCCGCUCUCCCAUAUGGGUCACCAAAUCUGCCGGAUAAAAUCAUCUCAAAAUGUGAAUUUUUUUUAUUCGAAAUACGGUUUCUGGUGCAUUUUUGCACACAUGUAGCCAAUGACAAAGAUUAUUUCGGCAUCUAAAACAAUGAUCGUGAAUUUUGAUAGUAUGUACUUCAUGUAAGACUUCAUAUUAAGUCCUAAGCCAUUCCCAUUGGGGGCUCGGUCAAUUUGUCGGGGGGUGGGGGUAGUGAAAAAGAGUGAGUCUCCAGAUUUUAGAUCUCCAGAGGUUGGCAUCUCUCCUUAUAGCCAAAUUCGUUGUAUUGCGCUGUGCGUUUGCAAACUUUGAAUGGGUUUUUCUGUUCCGUCAAUCAUUUGAGUGGGGGCGGGGUUAAUGCAAAUCACAAUGCAACGCACUCACCCAGCUACAAAACUGAGAAUGACUCAAGACUGCUCAAGAUUAGAGAAUAAUGUGAUAAUGAGUGGUUUUUUUUUUGAGGGCAGGAGGCAGACAUUGCUUUAUUCUUGCAAGAAUAAGAAUGAUCAGAAAAUACUUUGAAGAAAACUAGUCGAUUCUUAUCCGAAACGGGGCGAUCACAAGCAAGUAACCUUGAAACACAGAAUCAAACAAAGUGGAUCGAAAUGCACCAAUCACAAGUAAACAUGUGUUUCCUAAGAGGUCUGCUAAGAUGAUUGACGGAACAGAAAAACCUAAAAUUCCUUCGAACUUUGCAAAACGCACAGUGCAAUACAACGAACGUGGCUUUAAGAGUCGUAUGGCCCCUCCUGAUUGACCAGCAAUACAUAUAUUAUUGGCGGUUGCAGUAUUCUAAUGGGUAGUAUUGAAAUAGAGACACCUACCAUAAUAGACCUUCUGCACAAUACCUGCCAUCUUCGCACAUGGUCUAGGAUUGAUGGGAAAAAGGCAAUGUCAUGUGUUAACUCGGGUGGGGGGGUAGGGAGCAUACAAGUCAUAAAAUUUGCCUAGUAAUUAAGGUGAAGUAUGUUCUUUCUCUUCAAAUGAGACAACAAUAAUUGUUGUCUCAUUUGAAGAGAAAAGAAUGUAGCCAUGCAAAUAUUUCAGUUUGACUUCAACAAGUUUUACAUUGUUAUUGCUUGCUGCCAGGACAUCUAAGGUCGCAACUGUAUACAACUAGUUAUAGUUGACACUUCAACUGCCCCCUCUCUGUAUGUCAAUAGUAUUCUUGGUCGUUUGUAGGUCUUUGAAAUAUACCAAUAAUCAUAAUGAAGAUUUUCACACAUAUCCCAUACAAAUUAGAUCAAAGUACUGAGUGUCCAAACAAAUAGGAAACGCAAGGCUCCUUGCACUGAUUCAGUUCAUUUUGCACAGUUUUGAUCAAAGCUCAAGGUGAAUGGGUUAGUAGCUUGAUGGAAAAUAUUAUAAAAUCAUCACCCAAAAAAGUGGUGGUCACCUAUGAGAGGUACAGUAGCACUUGUCUAGAAAAAUAAUAUUUGUGUGUGAUGGAUAGUGGGUCACCACAUACAGAUGUAUUCCUGUUAUAGGUGGCUAUGAUCACUUAAGAGAUAUGGUUGCACAUGGAAGUUUGUCUGUUUGAGUGUCAAGUUUCCCAGACACCAACUUAAAAACUAUAUAAUUGAAAUUGGCACAGUCACAUGAUGUUGUUGUGCCUUUUAUGAUUAGCCAUCAUGAUUAACUGAAUAUUUUAAUUAAUACUUUCCAGGUACCAUUUAUUGGCCUCAUGAGCCCAUCCUGAUUCAGUCUGUUGGGAAUCCUUUUCUCUUUCGCUGUGUAGAUGGGAUUCUUAUUGAUGGCAAUGAUAAAGGAUUGUCUAAAUUGAUAUACAGGUAACUUAAUUCUAUGACAAAAUUAGUUGUGAAUUAUAAAUUCUUGUUGCCACUCACUUUGCACCUUCAGUAUUUUGUUAAUUUCAUACUAAUUGUGCUGAUUUUGUGAUGCAGCAUAUGAGUUAGUUCAAUUCAAAACCCUUUUUUUUAUCUACAAUAGAUGUUCUAACGAGCAGUCUGCUGACUUAGUGCUCACCCUUCCCAUGAAGCAGGUCGAUUGAGCAGAAAAUUUAGGAGGAAGAGAUUAAUUGGCAUUAACUGCAGUCAGAACUAAUAAUAUAAAAUAUAGGUACCCAAGAGUUUUCCCAAUAUUUAAGCCAAUCAACCUUCUUCAUUAGAUUAUUAAGGGUUGUAGCAGACCCUUUGCAAUUCCCCGCCUGGUUUCGGAUGCUUUCAAUAAUUUGCUUAACUAGAAUAUCCUCUCAUGGUCCAUUUUCCAUUUUGUUACUCUUCUCAGUAUUCUGUCUUUCAGUCCGAAAUGUAUUUAUUUUUUUAUUGUCUUUUUCUUUGUCCAGGUCAAAUGCCAGGCGAGAUCAAAUUGGACCGUAUCGUCUUUGUGAUGACACUUGGCUUGGACAUAACCCUCAAAAUCCACUUGCCAUGGGACAAUAUGUAAAUAAUAGACCAAAGACAGUUCCAGCUAACGUAGCUUAUCAGGAAUUUGAUAUCCCAUUUAAAAGCAUUUCACCUGCGUUAUGGAAAAAUCUUCCGAAUGUUUGGUACAAUAGUGGAAACAUAGCAAAUGAAAAUUCUUUUCUUCGAAGUGUUGCGCUUGUUUCACUUAGAGAAAUAGAGAAAGGAGAAGAAGUGUUUUCAUCCUACUUCACAGUGAUACACUAACAAGAGUAAAACAACUACAACAACUAUACAGUGAACCCUUCGGGCCUUCCCAAGUGUUAGCUUAAUAGAGGAUGUCCACCUAUUGGAGAUUAGUAAAAGUUACGCAAUAUAUGUUAACGAUUAACAUUCAGCGGUUGCGCUGUACCGUGAUAAAGUUCCAUGUUAAGGAAGCUAACGAAGCUGUACUGUACUUUGUGCAAGACUUUUAGGUGAACUUUGAUCGCGGAUGACAAUCAUACGGCUGGAUAUCGGUCUAAUCUACAGUUUAUUGACGGCUAAAUAUAUUGAUUUAUCUUUAAAAUCGACUACAGUGUGUAUUUCAAGGACGUAAUCCAAUCAGUACUAUUGUCAAUUGAGUCCGGUUUCCGCUUGUUAACAAUAAAAAUUAGCCAAAUACAAUUUAUUUUAAUGUCCGCGUCCGCUUAAGAGAGGUGUCCGAUGCAUGGGGGUUCGUUAUAAAGGG